AACAUCACAAAACCAACCACAAUCAAAACAAACCAAGCGACAAGCUAAACCAGCUUAAUAACGAACUAAAUUUAAACUAAAGUAAAGUAAAUCAAAGUUAAAGUUAUAAAUAAAGAACGCAAGUGAAGAAGAGGAAAAUAUUUCUCACUUCAGCAAGAAGUAAAGUGAAUUAUAUUAGUGAGGAGAAGAAGCAAGAGAAGAACACAAAUAUGGUAGCGAUUGGUAUUGACUUGGGCACCACAUACUCAUGUGUGGGUGUCUAUCAACACGGCAAGGUGGAGAUCAUUGCCAACGACCAGGGCAAUCGCACAACACCCAGCUAUGUGGCGUUUACAGAUUCGGAGCGUUUGAUUGGAGACGCUGCCAAGAACCAGGUGGCAAUGAAUCCCAGAAACACAGUAUUUGAUGCGAAGCGCCUGAUUGGCCGCAAGUAUGACGAUCCUAAGAUUGCGGAGGACAUCAAGCACUGGCCCUUCAAAGUGGUUAGUGAAGGAGGCAAGCCUAAGAUUGGCAUCGAAUUCAAGGGAGAACAGAAGCGCUUUGCACCUGAAGAGGUCAGCUCGAUGGUGCUGGUGAAGAUGAAGGAGACGGCUGAAGCGUAUCUGGGUCAAAGCAUCACAGACGCAGUCAUCACAGUGCCCGCCUAUUUCAAUGACUCUCAAAGGCAGGCAACUAAGGACGCCGGUCACAUUGCCGGGCUUAACGUUCUGAGAAUCAUCAACGAGCCUACUGCGGCGGCACUGGCUUAUGGACUAGAUAAGAAUCUCAAAGGGGAGCGCAACGUGCUCAUCUUCGACUUGGGCGGUGGCACAUUUGAUGUCUCAAUAUUGACCAUCGAUGAGGGGUCUCUGUUUGAGGUGCGGGCCACUGCUGGCGAUACGCAUUUGGGUGGCGAGGACUUUGACAACAGACUGGUCAACCACUUGGCCGAUGAGUUCAAGCGAAAAUUCAAGAAGGACCUGCGCUCCAAUCCACGAGCUCUGCGUCGCCUGCGAACAGCAGCCGAGCGAGCCAAGCGCACAUUGUCCUCCAGCACAGAGGCAUCUAUUGAGAUAGAUGCGCUGUUUGAGGGCCACGACUUUUACACAAAAAUAAGUCGCGCACGCUUCGAGGAGCUCUGCGCGGACCUCUUCCGCGGCACACUGCAGCCAGUGGAGAAGGCUCUGAAUGAUGCCAAGAUGGACAAGAGUCAGAUUCACGACAUAGUGCUUGUUGGUGGCUCCACCCGCAUUCCCAAGGUGCAGAGCCUGCUGCAGCAGUUCUUUGGAGGCAAGAGCCUUAACCUAUCCAUCAAUCCUGAUGAGGCGGUGGCCUAUGGCGCUGCCGUCCAGGCUGCCAUUCUCAGCGGCGACCAGAGCGGCAAGAUUCAGGAUGUGUUGCUAGUGGACGUGGCGCCGCUCUCGUUGGGCAUUGAGACAGCCGGAGGCGUUAUGACGAAACUAAUCGAGCGUAACUGCAGGAUUCCAUGCAAGCAAACCAAGACCUUCUCCACGUACGCGGACAACCAGCCGGGUGUCUCCAUUCAAGUCUUCGAGGGCGAGCGAGCAAUGACGCGAGACAACAAUGCGCUGGGCACCUUUGACCUGUCUGGCAUACCGCCAGCACCUCGCGGCGUGCCCCAGAUCGAGGUCACCUUCGACAUGGAUGCUAAUGGUAUCUUGAACGUGACGGCCAAGGAGAUGAGCACCGGCAAGGCAAAGAAUAUUACGAUCAAUAACGACAAGGGUCGCCUCUCGCAGGCUGAGAUCGACCGCAUGGUGAACGAAGCUGAGCGCUACGCCGAAGAGGAUGAGCAACAGCGUCAGCGCAUCUCUGCCCGCAACAGCCUGGAGAGCUAUGUCUUUGGCGUAAAGCAGGCCGUGGAUCAGGCCAGCGCCGAUAAGCUGAACGAUGCUGACAAGUCCUUAGUGCUGGAGAAGUGCAACGAUACGGUCAAGUGGCUGGAUGGCAACACUACCGCCACCAAAGAUGAAUACGAACACAAAUUGAAGGAUCUCACUCAGCUCUGCUCACCCAUUAUGACCAAGAUGCACCAGCAGGGACAAGGACAGGGCAAUCCCAAUCAGGGACAAGGACAGGGCAAUCCCAAUGCCAACUGUGGCCAGCAGGCAGGCGGGUUUGGCGGUGCCGCGUACCAAGGACCCACUGUUGAGGAGGUCGACUAAAUAGUCAUUCAUUAGUAGUAUAUAAUACAAAGUCCUAAAUUUAAGUUCUACAGACUGAUCGCAAUUUUGAGUUGAUAAGUUGAAGUCCUUGUUGAAUUAUGUCUAAGUUAGUAACAAAUUUUAAAAAUAAAACAGUUAUUU